UCUAUUUCAUGGUAGAGAUUCUAUGGACUUUCAUACUGAUCUCAAGCACCAUAACGUGAUCCAUAAAUAAAUAAAGGUCAAAUAUUAGAGAACCAAAGACAAAACCGAAAGAGAAGCAAAGUAAACAGCGACUGUGGCAAUGUGUUUCACUUUCAGAUUAGCAAUUCUGCUAACUCUUCUGGUAAGCUUAGCAGCCAGAGAUGAUUUUGGUUUCAUCUACAAUGGAUUCCGGUUGGCUAAUCUAAGCCUUGAUGGCAUCGCAGUGCUCACUUCCAAUGGACUCCUAAAACUCACCAAUGAAACCGAAAGACAACAAGGACAUGCUUUCUAUCCUCACCUUGUAAACUUCAACAACUCAACCAGCCGUUCUGUUUCUUCCUUCUCUACCACCUUUGUCUUCGCUAUUAUCCCUCAAUACCCAACUGUCAGCGCACACGGAAUGGCUUUCGUGGUUUCACCAACCAGGGGCCUCCCCGGAGCUGAUCCAGGCCAAUAUCUCGGACUCUUCAACAAGUCCAACAAUGGCGACGGUAGAAACCACGUUGUUGCUGUAGAAUUCGAUACGCUACUAAGUCCCCAGUUUGAUGACAUCAAUGACAAUCACGUUGGGAUUGAUAUAAACGGGUUAAAGUCUAAUUUAUCUUUUCCGGCAGGAUAUCACGAGGAUGGAAGCCGUCAGUUUAGAAACCUGAGCCUGAUUGGGCAAAGGAUACAAGUUUGGGUCGAAUAUCAUGGUCUAGAGAAGCGAAUGGAUGUUACUUUAGCUCCAUUUAGACAUUCUAAACCCAAGAUUCCACUUUUAUCUUUGCCUCUUGAUCUUUCUUCAAUAGUUAACAAUGGGAUGUAUGUUGGUUUUUCAUCCUCAACUGGUUCUGUUCUCACAUCUCAUUAUGUCUUGGGUUGGAGCUUUAAGAUGAAUGGUCAGGCGCGAGAGCUUACCCUGUCUCAGCUUCCAAAGCUUCCUCGUGUAGGACCGAAGAAAAUAUCAAGGCUUUUGACAAACGGGUUGCCUUUGAUUUCAGUGAUUGUGAUUUUGGCAGCAAUUUCAGGUGUAGUUUAUUUCAUGAGGAGGAAGAGGAAAUUUGCUGAAGUUGUUGAAGAUUGGGAGCUUGAGUAUGGGCCUCAUAGAUUCAAGUUUAAAGAUCUGUAUGUUGCUACAAAAGGAUUCAAAGACAAGGAGCUAUUGGGUUCCGGUGGCUUUGGAAAAGUCUAUAGAGGAGUUCUUCCAACCAGUAAACUUGAGGUUGCCGUGAAAAGAGUCUCACAUGAAUCGAGACAAGGGAUGAAAGAAUUCAUAGCAGAAAUUGUGAGUAUCGGUCGUCUCCGUCACCGGAACUUGGUUCAACUCUUGGGAUAUUGCCGGCGUAAGGAUGAGCUACUUUUGGUCUAUGACUACAUGCCAAAUGGAAGUCUCGAUAAGUACUUGUAUGGCCAGCCAAAGCUCACCCUUAAUUGGAGACAAAGAUUCAGAGUCAUCAAAGGCGUAGCAUCAGGAUUGUUUUAUUUACAUGAAGAAUGGGAGCAAGUUGUGAUUCACAGGGAUGUUAAGGCUAGCAAUGUUUUGCUUGAUGGUGAACUAAAUGGAAGACUGGGAGAUUUUGGGCUUGCUAGAUUAUAUGAUCAUGGAACUGAACCACAAACAACUCACAUUAUGGGCACACUUGGUUAUUUGGCUCCUGAGCAUACUCGAACCGGGAGAGCUACACCUUGCACCGAUGUGUUUGCUUUUGGGGCAUUUAUGCUUGAAGUUGCUUGUGGAAGAAGGCCAAUAUUACAGUCUCCAACAAACAAUGUCAUCUUGGUGGACUGGGUGUAUUCUUGUUGGUGCAAAGGUGAUAUUCUUGAGGCAAAGGAUCCAUAUUUGGGUUCAGAUUAUGCAGCUGAGGAAGUUGAGCUGGUCUUAAAACUUGGGUUGAUAUGCUCCCACUCGCAGCCUGAAGCAAGGCCAACCAUGCGCCAUGUUGUUCAGAUUUUAGAUGGAGAUAUGCCUUCUCCGGAACUAUCAUCACUCAGUCUCUCUUCCAGUGGCUUAGCAUUUGCCCAUGGUGAGGGCUUCGAUGGUUUCUCCAUGAUGUAUACAACUUCCACUUACAAUGGAACAUCCCAAUCAUCUACAGUCGCAGCAUCUCAUCUUUCAGGAGGUCGAUGAUUGUAAACUUUUCUCAGUUUGUAAUAAAUCUUUAUGUUCGUUCUAUAAUUCAUGAAUAUUAAUAUCAUCGCUAAAAUUUGAACUUA